AUGUACAACAAUAUCGGCUUGCCGACCCCUCGCGGGAGCGGCACCAACGGCUACGUGCAGCGGAACUUGGGCUACCUACGGCCAAGACGAACGGACAUGCCUCAGUUUGGACAACUAGGGCAGAAGCCCAUAGAUCAGCCGAAGGUGCGGCAGGCUGACCCUGCCCUGCUGCUUCACGAGCAGUUGCGGCGUGUGGAGGUGAAGCUGAUGCAGGAAAGAGCCAAGCUUGAGGAGCAGGGUCUCAUGCAGUCUCGCAUAGACAAAAUGAUAGAGGUGCUCCGCUCACAGUUGACUCGAGAAGCUCGUGUCGAAAGCCAAAGGCUAGGCAACCGCCUAGGGACUCAAGAAGGCAUCUUCGGGCGCAGUUUGUUGCAGCUUGGCACCAACUUAGACACACACGAAGGCGCUGCUUGGAAGCAGCGCCAGCUGGACCAAGUCGCUUCGGCCCUGGGGUUGAGCAGUAAUCACAAGGUCGGUGAGGCCUUUAACUGGGAGAAGCAGAAGGAGCUCAAAUUACAGAGGCAGAAGGAGUGGGAGGAGAGGAAGAGGCGUAUGAUCGAAGAACGCAAGGCUGCAAUCAAAGAGCUUAGAGAACGUAGAAAGAGGCAAGAACAUGCCAGAAAAGCGAGCAGAAGGACAAAGAAGUUGAGGAAAAGCAGCAGCAGCAGUAGCAGCAGCAGUAGCAGCAGCAGUAGCAGCAGCAGCAGCGAUAGCACCAGCAGCAGCGACAGCAGCAGUGACAGCGACAGCGACAGCAGCAGCAGGAGUGAGAACGAGAGCAAGCGCGGCAAGGCCCGCGUGAAGACUCAAGUGAAAAAAGAAGAAAAGACAGGGGCCAUGGAAAUAAAGAAAGAACUGCUUUCUUCCCGGCCUUCCUUACGGUCAGUGACAGAAGAGGCGGCAAGGGCAGUGCGAGAAAAGGAGAGGAGAGACGAGAUGCGCAGAGCAUCUGAGACUCAGGCGUACAAAGAAGGCCAAAAAGCAUCUAGGACGGACAACAGCCCGCUGCUCUCGGAGGAAGAAGACACUUACAACCGCACUUUAGGUAAGGCACGCAGCAGACGCAGUCUCAGCCGCACCAGCAGUGAAAGCAGUAGAGAGAAAUAUGAUGAGAAUAGAAGGGGCGGCAAGAGCAAGAUCGGAGGAGUGGAGGAGGAGGAGAGGCGCAGGGGGGCGGCUGAGCCUUCUGAGCGGGACGCAGGGAGAGAGGCAGAGUUCCGCCAGUCCGAACAGGAAACACACAGAGAUAGUGGGGCAUUGGCGGGAAGACAGGGAGACAGGGAGACGGAUAGCUACAGAAAAAGGAGUAGAAACGGUUAUGAAGAAGAGAGUUCGGGAAACAGACACAGGGGGAGAGAACAAAGAGAAGACAGAGGAGACAUGCAUGGAGGCAAAGAUGACAGGGACACAGCAGAUGGCAAGGACAGAGACAAGAACAAGUACGGAGAGAGAGAACCAGAAAGAGCAAGGGACAGGGAAAGAAACCGAGUGGAAGACAGGAGUGAGAGGGACCCGUAUGGAAGGAGAGAUAUGUACCGAGGUGCAGAGAGGGAGAGACCGCGAGAAAGAGACGGAUGGCGAGGAGCACAGGUUGAGAGAGACCGUGAGAGAGACAGACACGAAGAAAGUGAAGUUCCGCGAAACCGAGACCAAAGCAGAACCGGACAUGAACGGCACAACGCGCGCAACCGGGAGGAGGGAAGAGAGACGAAGGAAAGGAUAGAGGGUGACAGAGAAGCGGUCAGUGUGUUGGCUCGACAAAGAAGAAAAGGUAGCGGAGGAAACAGGGACUGGGAAGGUGAGUCAGUAGGACGAGGCACAGACGAGCGUGCGGGAAAGGAUGUCCGGUAUAGAAGCCAUAAACCAGAUGAACGAGACAGAAGAGCACCAGGAGGAGACAAAAACAGGGGCACCCACGCGACAGAAAUAGACAGAGACAGAGACUGA